UACACACAUGUGCUGGUCAAACCGAAUCUUCAGAAUCGAGCUGAGAAACUUUCAAGUCAUCAUAUGGGGGAAAUGCUUUGUUUAGGCAUUGCAGACCACAUGCUUGUGGCUGCUAACUUUGAAUCGUGUUUCGUUUCAGUGAAAGGGUGAAGAUUCAACGCUUUAUUCAUAUUUACAAAUCACAUAUUCAUCCGUUAAAAUCCAGCGGUGGAAAAUAAAAUACAGCGGUGACUAUUUAACCAAACAUCUCCGCGCUAUGUCUCAGGGCGGCUCAUUCCAGCUCAUGCAGACUUUGAGGAAGUCUCCGGCUGUUUUCCGCCGCCGUUUCCGCCAGGACCGCACCCAGACCCUCUCGCAUGGUGACCCGCUCUUCAAGGUGCACUACAUUGGCACAGAAAAGAUAUACUCCCUGGAUGUAGAACAGGCUGAGGAGGCCAUUGGCCGGUUGCUGGAGAAGUCGCCAGAUUCAGCCACUCUUGGCAAACUGGGCAAGGAACAUGCUCUUGUUGUUCGACCUCGCUAUGUAGAAGUCAAGGAGAUCAGCACAGGCAGACAACUCACAAAGACAUACCUAAAGGACAUUGCCUAUUGCGCAGCAGACGCAACUAGGCCCAAUCUCUUCCUCUAUAUCUGUAAGCAGCGAGGCCAACAGCUCCAGUGCCGAGUGUUCUGGUGUAGUAGGCCAGACCGGGCUAAAGACAUGACUGCCUGUUUAGCCAAAUCCUUUCAGAGAGCUCUGAAUGACUUGCAAGAGGAGGAGAGCAAUCACGUUAAAAAAGAAGAAAGCAAGAUGGAUGGAAAGCCAGUUCCAGCCAUGGAACAAGGAAAAAGCUGCACGCUACCAGCAGACCUGGGAAAAAAUGAGGGUCGGUGGCGAAGACGGAGCCCCCUGAGAGAGUUGAUGAGGAGAACCAGUAUCAGCAACUGAAACACCACUGCAAUCCUUGAGACUUUCUGAAAGUCUUUGUGAAAUUGUUAGUGCUGAUAUUUUUUGUCAUCUUUGGGCAGAUUUUAUAAAACCAGUUUUAAUGAAAACUGGACAGACAUUGUUAAAAAACAGCCCACUUUUGCCUGUAUAUGAAUAAGGGCAUAUUACUGUGAGAAUAUGGAUAGAUGUCUGAUGUCUAACAGCAACUCUCGGUUCAGUCGGCUAUGGGUUGGUAGACUGAGACAGUUACAUUGGAGUGUUGCCAGUGCUUGGAAUGCAGUCAGAGUGUUUCCUGUACCUAGAAUCUGUUGCAUAAAGAGACCAAGAUUACAACAUGAGUUUUCCAAGAUUCUAAAACAUUGCAAUAUAUUUAGUCAAAAUGUUCUCUUUGUACAUUGUAAGGCCUCCAAGCACUUAGUAUAAAGUAGGUAAAAAGUAGAUAUUACAAGUUAAUUUACAAAUUAAUUGAUCAGAGUUGUCCAUCGGGACAUAUUGAAAUCAGGAUUUAGUUGACCUGUUUCUAAAAUGUAACAAUUUGACCAAAAAUCAUAUAUGUUGCAGAGUGUCUCUAUAUAACAGUUGUACUCUAGUAAACAAAGACUGUAUUCCUGUUGCUCAACUGGUGAAGCAUGGUGCCUGCAACGCUAGGUUCAUAGGUUUGAUUCCCAGGGAACAUCUGACAUACAGACUUAUUACAAUCAGGAUGUUACUCUGCUGGUCUUAAGCAAUAAUCGUAAAGAGAAAAACUUCUUGAAGAAGUGAAAUUAAUAAUGUAGUAAGAGAGAACCAUGUGAAAGGAUUCAUUCUGCAGCAACACCUUGUUACAUAUACAUCCUAUAUUCAGUUUUAUUAUUGAGAGUUAACAUGGAUUAAACAUUUAGGAUAAAUUACUUAAACAUAUUGAUGCGAAGAUACAAGAUAUAUAUAAUGUUUUGCAAUGCACUAAAUUCAUACCACUAAUCUACAAAGUCCUUUUUUCUACUUACUAAUAGAGAUACAGUAUGCACAUUUCUCUUAUUCAGCACAUUUAAAAUAAGAAUGCCAAUAAAACAAAAAAGUUAAAGGAAUAUUUCAGGAUAAGUUAACUAAAGGAGCAUCAGUGGCACGCUGUUAAUACAUAACUUUUUCCUCAGUUUGUAAAAAACUAAUAGGAAACAUGUUCAGUUGGACAUAAAACAUAAUGCACUUGCAAUGGAAGCCUACAAGGCAAGUGCACUGAAGGUUUAAAAGCAGAAAUGUAGAAAUGAAAAGCUCUGAAUAGUCUCCAGGUAAGGGAUUUCACAGUUGUAGGAAUGCCAGAAAUACAUAAUUUUUCAAGUUAUGCUCAGCUCUAAAAUAAUGCAUUGGCUUUGAGAGUGCAAUCUCUAUAAAAUGAUUUCUAAUAAUCCUUAUCCCGUCAUAAAGAGCAACUGGAAAGGUCACAAAAAUGCAAUCGCAAAUGGUGUGGAACCCUAUUUCACAAACCAGAGCUUGUUUGGUUUAUAGAUUAUAAGAAUGACUUAUUGUUGGAGUAUUUUGGACUGCUAACUUUUAUGUUACUGACUUUUUCUAUUGGAAUCCCAAGGUUCCUAUUUUGCUCUGUUUGCAUUAAAGCAACAAAACAUGGAUAAUAAACUACAAUUUAUUUUAUGUAUACAUGCAUGGGAUAAUGUACAGGGGUUCUGAUCACCCUGUCAGCUGACUGUACAUUAUCCUGCUUAUUGUGCUGCUACUUACCAAUAAAUAAAUAAAUGGCCAUGAAAU